CAAAGAAAGCAACAACCCUCCGAACUUCCUCUCCAAACCUCUUUUUCUAAAGCCAUCACCCUCGUCUUCCCCAUUGCGAAAGCAACCAUGGCAGUUUUUAGGGUAUCUCUUCUUCUCCCAUUGCUUCUCUCCUCUGUUCUUCUCAUGAAUCGCCCAGUCAUUUGUGAUACAGAUGAGGAUGAUGAUCUUUUUCAACGUAUUAACAGCUAUCGGGCUUCAUUGAACCUGACAACCCUAACCAGAAAUGAGAAUGCUGAGUGCUUAGCUGAUGAAAUGGCUGAGCAAUUCAAGAAUCAACCCUGCACAAACUCCACUGGUGCCAAUACAGUACCAGGCACUGAAACUCAGUUAUCCAACUAUCCAACCCUUUUAACCAAAUGCCAUUUGAAUGUCUCCAACACAAGAGAUGGGGCUGUUUUGCCUGCAUGCGUACCAAAUCUGGUUCCAAGUCUUGUCGUCUCCAACUUUACACAAUCUCAAUACUCUGAGAAUCUCAAUGACACUAAGUAUACUGGAAUCGGGAUUGGUUCUGAAGGAAACUGGAUGGUUGUGGUUCUGUCCACAAGUACACCUGAAGGAAGCUUUGCAACAGACACAUCAGCCAACUUGGUUUCCAAGAUUCACCCUUUGUACCACUUACUAUUCUUGCCGAUGGUGGCUUUCUUCUUGCUGUAAACCAAAACUAAGAGGAGAACUAUAUUUUGUUUUCAAGGCUGCCAUUCGUUUGCUGAGGGUAACCAACUGGCCAUCUUUGAUUAUUUCAAUAGAUAGGAAAACUAUGAAACCAAAGAUACCUACUUUCUUUAGACAAUUGAGUCCAUAUCUUCGUUGUUCAAUUUGUAAUGUUUGUCAUUCAUCUUACUUAUUUUGGGAGGUCUAAUGAGAUCACAUAAUUGAUUCAUAUCCCACUGCAUUUCACUUGUGUAAUUUUUGAAAUUUUCUCUUGCUUGUUUGCUUAGAUUCUCAAGCUUGAAUGCCUUAGAAGGGCAUCACCUUGUCAAUUCAGUCCUUUAUCAACUCCACCAUGCUGAUAUAUUGAUGGUCUAGGUGAUGCAACAGUGGUUUUCUGGCGUGGUUAUGAAUUUGUAAUAGUAGUACCGUGUGAUAAAUGGAGCACAAUGAU